AGGGAUUAAUUGCUCAAGCCAGCAUAUUGUAUUUCAGUUAUCUCUAGUCUUGAUUGCUAGCACACGUUCACAGCUUCACUCUAUAAUUCUUUGUUCUUUUCAACGUUUAUAUAUCAAGCUCAUAUUGUUUUUUCCACUGUUACGAUGCCGCGAGAAAAGAAAUGUCCAGGCUGCAAGAAGCCAGUAAAUGAUCAUGAUUUUGGCGUGCCAGGGAAACAUUGUGACGGUCCUGGGGGCGUUCCCGAAAUUCGGGGCAAUUCUCCUACACGGAACGACGAACUGUUGAAUUCGCUCGCCGCCGCUGUUCAAACUCUCACGGCCGAGGUUCACAGUUUGAAGGCCGAUCAUGCUAGCAGUCGUCAGUCCCAUUACUUGCCGCCCUCCGACGUUGCUUCGUCGUCGCGAUCUUCUAAAGAUGUAUCGCCGCGCCGUGCGACGACGGUUACUUUGCCCGAGCUUAGAGCCAUGGAUGACUUGGCCGACGCGGCGGAUCGACGUGUGGCUCAUGUUCUGCCCAUUGCAUCCAGUGAGUCCGAUGAGGAAGCUGAUAUGGGUGCGCUGGCUUCCUCUCCGUUACGGAAGCCAAAUAAAGCUGAAUUCGUGGCGGGGUAUGCACAGAUUCUACAAUUACGAGAGAUCAGUUCGUUCGAGCGCGCCGAACGACACAAACAUUUGGUAACGCUGAUGUACCACGCACAGCUAUACGAAUGGGAGGCGGUGCUUGCCUUCCAUGGAGCGGUUUUGCUUGAAAUCGAACGUGGCUUAUUGAAGUGGGGUGAUUCCUUUUUCCCACCUCGAAAGCAGAACUCUCCAUGGUCAGCUACUUUCACCGCCGAAAAAGCAGUCUUACAGUUCAGGGCCGACAUUGUUUUGUAGAGAUUAUCAACGCGAGAAGUGCAUUCAUACCAAGGAUCAUUAUGGUUACGUCCGAGGCGAACGUAAAUGGGUAAAACAUAUUUGUGCGGCUUGUUGGGUACAAUCGAGAAAACAGGAAUCGCAUAGAGAGGAUUCAUCUGAUUGUCCGCUUUCAGGGGAAUCAAAAAACUGAUAAACUUCGCCCUUGGUCAAGACAUUGGGGGCGUUCCUUCCGUUACUGUUGCUUCAUUUCCGGAUAUGUCGUUUUGUGCUUUGAAUGCUGAUGCUUGCUCCCAGCCGCGAAAGGCUGCAGUUCCUGACUGUCGUGGCUUUUCCACGGGCGCUGAUUAUAUUCAUGAUGUGUGUUUUCCUCAGCCGGUGGAGGCUGGUGUUCUAGACUGUCGUGGUUUUUCCACGGCCUUUCCUCGUGACUCUCAGCAGGCGAAUGAUUUUUAUUUGUACGCACAUGAGUUAGUUUUUCGUUCUGGUCGCCCGAACUUUGUGGUUUCUCGCCUGCCCGUUCCAAGUUCCCUAAAGAUCGAUACUUGGAGGACUUUGUUGUAUGAUUAUGACGACCAAAUGAUUUGUGAUCUCCUGGAGUUUGGUUGGCCGGUGGGUUUCACUGGCGAUACUGUUCCUAUUUUUGAUGCUCGCACUCACCGGGGUGCGCUCAAUUUUGCGACUCAAGUUUCAGAGCAUUUACAACGUGAAGUCUCGCUUGGUCGUGUCGCUGGGCCGUUUACGGAUCCUCCCUUCGGGGGUGGAUUUGUUACUUCACCGUUGAACACGGUUCCCAAGCGAGAUUCUGAAGAACGUAGGGUAAUUGUGGACUUGAGCUGGCCUAAGGGCGGUUCAGUAAAUGAUGGUAUUCCGUGUGAUAGUUUUCUGGGAGAUCCGUUCGUGACUUGUUAUCCCACUAUAGAUGACAUUGUGGAAGCGAUCGUGCAGUUUGGCCCGGGUUGUUUUCUCUAUAAGAGGGAUCUGCGGCAGGCGUAUAGGCAGUUUCUUGUGGAUCCCGUCGAUUACCGUUUACUUGGGUAUAUUUGGAAUGGACAUUAUUACUUUGACACUGUUUUACCUAUGGGGUUACGCUCUGCUGCUCAGGCAUGUCAGCGCGCCACCUCAGCGGUAGCUUGGAUUCAUCGACAGCAAGGAAAAGUUUUAUUUAAUUAUUUGGAUGAUUUCAUUGGGGUUUCUGAGGCUAGCUCUGCGACUUCCGAUUUUGAGCAGUUGGGGACUCUUCUCUCCUCUCUGGGACUGAUCGAAUCUGUUUCCAAAGCUUGUCCGCCUUCAUCGCUCAUGCUGUGUUUGGGAGUGAUGGUAGACACGAAUUCCUUUACGUUGUCAGUUAGUCCUGAGCGGCUAGCGGAGUUAGAGCUUCUCUUACAUGAUUGGAGGAACCGCAAAACUGCUCGCAAACGGGAGUUACAAUCCCUAGUUGGCAAACUUGUGUUUGUUUCAAAGUGUGUUCGUCAGAGUCGGGUGUUUAUCUCGCGCUUAUUAAGUCUGCUACGAACAGUUCAAUACAAUCAUCUUCACGUUAAUUUAACCGCGGAAUUUCGCAAGGAUAUUAUUUGGUGGUGUCAUUUCCUGCGGGAAUACAACGGAGUAUCUAUGAUUAAAACUACCUCUUGGAGUUCUCCGGGGGAAGUUUUUUCUACAGACGCUUGCCUGGUUGGUUGUGGAGGCGUUUGUGACAAUGAAUAUUUCCACGCUUCAUUUCCGGAUGUGAUUGUUGCUCAGUCCCUCGAUAUAAAUUGUUUGGAACUUCUCACUAUUGUGGUGGCGCUUAAGUUGUGGGGUCAACGGUGGACGGGACUCCGUUUAACCGUGCGCUGUGACAAUCAGGUUGCUGUCACGAUUCCUCGGCUUUGGCCUCUCUGCAAAAGGAUCUACGACAGACAUUACAAGCUGCUUAUAGCACAGGGACAUAUAGUAAUUUAAAGACUCAAUUUAAGGCCUUUUUUCUAUUUUGCUUAUAUUUUGACUUGACUCCAUUACCAGCAGACAUAGAUACGGUCUGUCUUUAUGUACAGUUUUUAAGUCGUUCGAUUGCACCACCUUCGAUUCGUAAUUAUUUAAGUGGGGUCAAGUUAUUACAUCUUUUUGCCGGUUAUGACUAUGCAUUUACUAAGGAUUUUAGUUUAUCCCUAGCCCUGCGGGGAGUUUCCCGUAGGAUACCACAUGUACCUCAGAGGGCUCCACCGGUAACUCCUAGCCUUUUAUUGCUAGUUGCGCGAACAGUAGAUUUUCAACAUGAUGCUAACUCUUCUACAUUGUAUUGCGCAUUUCUCUUUGCAUUUUUUCUUAUGGCGCGUAUAGCUAAUAUCGUACCGCGUUCUAUUAAGGCAUUUAAUCCUACCCGCGAUCUCACACGGGGUGAUGUUUUGUGUAACGAACACGGGCUUAUCGUCACGUUUAAGCAUACAAAAACUAUUCAGUUCGGUCAGCGUCGAUUACACAUUCCUCUGUUACGUAUUCCAGGCUCGUUAUUAUGUCCGGUCGCUGCCUAUAACAACAUGAUUCGCCUGGUACCCGCUUCUGCACGCAAACCGCUGUUUUUAUUGCUUGGUCAUUCAGGCCCGUUUGCUUUGACGAAGUCCCGUUUUGUUACCGAAUUUCGUCUGGCGCUUUGCUCAGUGGGGGUUGCUCAUGCUGACUCAUAUCGGGGUCACUCAUUUCGACGCGGCUGUGCCUCUUGGGCGUUUAACCACGGAGUACCAGGGGAAUUGAUACAGUUGUAUGGUGAUUGGGCUAGUGACUCUUACAAAUUGUAUUUAGAAUUUAGUAAUCAAUCAAAAUUGGCGCUUGCUUCCCAGCUACGUGCUUCCAUUCAGGCCAGUAGUUAGGCCUUCUGCACUGUUUUGUUGUUUGGCCGGUGGUUUGGUGGCAGAGAGGUUUAUUAUUAUUAUUUUAGUUUUUCAUUUAUCAGUUUGUAGUGAUUUUAUAAUAAACUUCUCUUAUGCCAAACAAAAAACAGUGUCAGUGGUUUAUGUUGGGUUGAGGAAUUUACCCCCCUUUGGGCACCUAGCUUAAAGGGAUUAAUUGCUCAAGCCAGCAUAUUGUAUUUCAGUUAUCUCUAGUCUUGAUUGAUACCUAGAAACUUGUUGAAUUAUGUCAAUUACUAACAGAAUGUGAAUGGCCUUUUUCUGUAGGGAGGAGUAGGAAAGUUGUUGGUAGCUAUUUGUAGCUAUCAGUGGCCUGCUGAACAGCUGAAGGCACUUAAUUUUGAUGGUGUACGUGGAACAAAAUAAUUCCUGAAAAUAGUACUUGUCCCAGUUCAUAAAGCAAAAUGCUUCUUACGCUUUACGAGUUCCAUGCGAAUCAACAUGAACUUUUGGGUAUCUCUUUCGGAUAGCUCUCAUAUGCUCUAUUUCCCUGCUAGCAGAGGCCUCUUUUCUCUGUAUUUCGCUGUGCUUGCGUUCGCGAGGAAAAGAGACCUCUGCCAUGGGUCGAAACUGUUUUCGUUGCGCAUCAGUGUGCGUUUCUAAACGACCGAGCUUGACGUGCCAAAACACGUACCAUCGCGCGAAAGCUGUCAAUAUGCUAAUAUGCAAUAUGCAAAGACGAGUAUUGUCUUGUUUGUGGGAUACAUUUCAAGACAUCUGGGCAGGCGAGUUUCUUCAAUGUAAAUAUCGCACAGUUGGACUCGAAGAAAAUGUUACAAAAAUUUUUGGUAAACUUAGAUCAGCUAAUUCCAGUAGAAUAUGCUGCAAAACUUGUAAACGGAAGAUUAACUCGUUAGUCAAAA